AAGCACGGAAAGACCUGAUGAACGACGGGACUCUUGUAAAUCGAACACGCAAACGUUUGAUCUGCUCACUCUUAUUUUUUUUUUCUGUCAUGAACUCGUGCUGUAAACCACCCCCCCAAAACCCAUACAUGUCUGACGGAACGGAAGCACUCGGGCGCCGGUGAGCAUGAGGCUAAAUGAUUUCCUUCGGAAAUUUUCUUCUUCUGAUGAUCUUUUUACCGGUAUCUCCUUCCAUUGUUUCCGGAAAUUAACUUUCCCCCCGCCUUUUUCUUUUAUUGCUAAUUAUCCUAACUUUUCCUCGCCUAGCACGUGUAUGGUAUGCGUCUUGCCUUGGUGCAUGGCCUUUGUUGAGCUAAUCUUGGUAGUCCUUUGUUGCUGUGUGCCCCUUUAUGCUUGACCGUUACCCAAUUCAUUCGAGGAAUUUUCUAAAAAACGUGAGAGGAUAUCGAAUCGUGUUUCCGGACCCUUUUUAAAGACGUUACUGUUUUUCUUUUCCUUUCCUCUCCUCUCUUUUCUUUUCUUCCUGUGAGGUGAGAGAAAAAACAAAAAACAACAACUCCUUCCAAUCGAUCCCUCCCUUCUCACUUUUCCACAGUACAAGCACGAUCUUAGACAAACAUCCUCGUGGACGGCCAUCUGUGAAUCUCACACCUUUCCUCGUUUGCUGUUUGGCUCUUUCAUUUUUCCUUCCUCCCCCUCCUUAGCGUAGCCACCCGCGUGAAAACUUGUUAACCUCACGCUGUGAUCCUUGCCGCCGCUGCUUCCGACCCAACCUUCCCGUUUCCCUGCUCUCCGCCCGCGCAUGCACAGACUGCUUGCCUGCUUCCUUGGUUAGGGGUUGAAGUUUCCUGAGAGGUACUCAAGUGCAGUACUUGUACUCGAGUACUCGUACGGUGCCGGCACACUUGGUAUAGGUACCGUACCGUGUUUCUUCCGGGCGGGUGGUCGCUUAGGAAUAUUCGGCAACGGUAGGCAGCUUCGGGCUGGAUAACUAGGCUGCUGUUUUCUAAACAAGCUCCAGGGGUGAGAAAAGCUGUUUGAGAAGGUGAUGAAAGAGACAAGAGUAAAUAUGGCAUCCAGUUACAGUAUGUCCAGUACGCGUGAUAGAUUAAAUAAGGGAUCAGGCUGUGCCUGAGAAUCGCAUGAAAUGAUUUCGUUGCAAAAUGGGAAAACCGUUGAGAGUUUCCUUUGGCUUGAAUUCUCCCACCGUACUGUACCGUAUACUUCCUGAACCCAUCCACUUUUUUGUUUUUUUCCGCUCCUCUACAUUUUGCUUCUUCUGCCCCCUUUGCUUCUUUUUCAGCUUGGUUUGCUGACGGGUUGUUUCUUUCCUUUUUUUUCUCUCUCUCUCUUAACAUACGGUACUCUUUGUGUCUAUUUGUACUCGUAGGGGGGGUUUUUUUUUCGGAUGUUGUUUUAUUUCCUUUUCUUGCAAUUUGUUCGUCCGACUAUCGUGUCUGUAGACGAGAGAAAUGACGGAGUAGUCUACGGACGGAGGGGUCGGUGCUCGGUACUUGUAGGCCACGGCAGGACGUUGACUGGAACUGGGAAGUGCUUCCUGUCUGGCAUUCUCCCGAAGCACCACACAUGUUCCCUGUAAGGUAGGCCGGCUCACGAAACGGGGGCCAAGCAAGAACGAGAGAAUCCAUCUGCUAGGGAAGUCUUUUUGCCCAACUCCUUCAUGGAUGUCCCGUAGUCCGCGUAGGAAGGUGAGGGGUACGGUGAUGGUCUAGGGAUGUGCUCCCCAACUUCACUGAUCGUCAAUCCCAACAUCUUCAACCCAUUUACCAAUCUUGAGGAAAGAUUUGUUGUUGUUUCUACGACACCCUCACUCACACCCCCAUCCUCUCACUCACCCCCCAACCCCCCUUCCCGUAUUGUUGAUUCUCGGGCAAAGAGAAAUAGAGU